AGACGAUUUACCAUCUGCAGCUGUCUGCAGCCUCCUGCAGCUGUGUCCUCUCAACAAACAUGAACCGGUGUUAUUUUCACAUUCUUUGACAUCUAAUGCUACAGAAUAUUGACAUCUGCAUACAUAGGCAUUUUCCAUCGAUUCGCAAUGAUCCACAGGUCAUGUAUGUUACUUUUCAGAAGAAUUCAUCCGCGACUGAACGUGGGCUCCCUAAUUCAUGCUAGAUCAUGCUCUGCCAAAGCAACAGCUCAACAACAGAUAGGACAGGUGUCAAGAGAUCAGCGCCUCUUGGGGCAGCCCACACCCAAAAGUCACCCUCACGUCAUGAAGGAUGGAGAAUUAAUGCCUGGGAUAAAUAUCAGUGAAUUUAGAGAAAGACGUUCAUCCUUUGCAUCAAUACUUCGACACCAGGCAUCCCAAUAUUUCAAAGAUGCAGAAAAUCAUCUUGUUGUCAUACCUGCAGCUCCACAAGCCUACAUGUCUCAGAAAGUACCCUAUGUUUAUCGUCAAAACUCAGAUUUUCUGUAUCUUUCUGGAUGCUUGGAAACAGACAGUGUUUUAGUUAUGGUCAUACCCCAGAAAUCAUCUGAUCAUAGAACUAUUUUGUUUAUGAGAGAACGAAAUGCACACUCAGAAUUGUGGGAUGGGCCACGAACAGGAGUGCAUGAAGCACCAAAACUUUUUGAAGUUGAUGAAGCCUUGCCAAUUGAACAGUUUAAUCAAUACUUGGCAUCACAUGCCAAAAGCACCCCAGGUUUCAUGCUAUGGUAUGAUUUUCGUCAGCCAAUUGACCUGAAAGUACACCAAAUCCUUAGUUCGUUUGUGUCAGAUGUUGCACAUUCAGUUGCCAAGAUGUGGAUGUCACCAAGAAAACUUAUCCAUGAAUUAAGAGUUAUAAAGUCUCCAGCUGAACAAGUUUUGAUGCGUAAAUCAUGCCAAAUUGCAUCAAAGGCCAUUGAAACAACCAUAGCUACUUCACACCCUGGCAUCUCUGAACACGAACUUUUUGCAACAGUGGAUUUUCAUAGUCGAAUGAAUGGUGCUGAGUAUCUAGCUUAUCUCCCAGUAGUUGCUGGUGGAGAAAGGGCCAAUAUUAUACACUAUAUUAACAAUUCACAGAUAGUUAAUGAUGGAGAGUUAGUUUUGAUGGAUGCAGGCUGUGAAUACCAUAGUUAUUCAAGUGACAUCACUCGUACUUGGCCAGUUUCGGGACAAUUUUCAUCAAAGCAACGUGAGGUGUAUGAAGCAUUACUUUCAGUUCAGAUGGAAUUAAUCUCAAUUUUGUCCAAACAUCCAUCUUUGGAUUCAUUAUUUUCUACCAUGUGUCAGUUGUUAGCAGUUCGAUUAAGGGAAAUUGGUUUAAUCUCAAGUAAGAUUACAUCCAAACAAGAUCUAUCCCAGGCAGCAUAUUCAUUCUGUCCACAUCAUGUCAGUCACUACUUAGGAAUGGAUGUCCAUGACACAGAACUUGUUGAGCGGAAAAUUCCAGUUAUACCUGGUAUGGUUGUAACUGUUGAACCAGGAAUUUACAUCAAGAAAGACAAUAUGAAAGUGGAUCCUGAGCUUCGUGGCAUGGGAAUUAGAAUAGAAGAUGAUAUUUUAAUUACAGAGAAAGGUAUUGAAAAUCUAACUGCCAUGUGUGCCAAGCAUCCAGAUGAAAUAGAGAAAUUGUUCAAACAGAAGUCCUCAAGAAAAGUUGUGUAGAUGUACUGAACAAUAUGCGUUUUGUAAAUACAGUGUCUAAGUUUGUUA